AUGGCGCAAAAUGAAGCUACCAAAUCGACCGAUGAGGAGUCUUUAAAGAACCUGUUCGAUAUAGCUAUGAAAUUAUUUGAUAAAAUCGAAACGGGCAAUGAAGCAACAAACAGUGAUGUUGUGCAGAUGACUAUAAAGAAUGCUAUAUCAACUUUUGAAAAGGCAACUAAUUUGGUGUCCCUUUCUGGCAUGUUUAGUCAAAAUGAGUCUUUAGAAGAGUUGCCUACUGAAACUCUGCAGUAUCUCCUCUUACCAGCAUUACUAGGAACCUUAACAUUGAAGUUAUGCAAUCAACCUAGAAAGGAGAUAAUCAAUGUUGCAGAGAUAUACUUCAAAGAUUUUCUUCAAAGAUGCAAAGACUAUGGUGUGACAGAUGUUGAGUUGCCACAAACAUCUAGUGAUGAAAAUAAUGUUCGCAGUCAAAAUGAACAGGCUAAGAUAGCAAGUAUGGUUUUGACUCGUGAGGCUAAAAUUAAAAGGUACAAGGAAAUGAAGGAGCUAAAGGAGAAACUGAGCACAUUAUCAAAAUCAAUGGAAUCACCAAAUGUGGAUGAUCAGACAAAAAGAGAAUAUUUUACUGUGUUGCUCUUAAAUUAUGUUAAUCAGGCACUUGACGAGCUCAGCAGUAUAGAACAAGAAAGACCUAUCUUAGAAUAUAUGGCAAAAAAUGCAGGAGAAUUGAAACCAAACAAGCGCGAGCGAGCACCUCAGCUAAAGCCAGUUAUUAUAACACGCGAUGCUAUUCAGAAGGCUGUAUAUGGGGCAGGCUACCCUUCUCUACCCACAAUGACAGUAGAAGAGUUUUAUGACAAACGAGUUAGGGAAGGAACGUUUCCAGCGGCUUCAAACAUACCUCACACAACAAUACAGAAUACGGAAUUGAAUGCAGACGAAGCGGAGGAAGUAAGAAAGGAAGAAGAAGAGGAAGAUGACGAUCCCGAGGAGUUGGCAAGAAAACGAAAUAUGGACGAGUAUAAGGAUGACCACCGCCGUGGCUGGGGCAAUCGAUAUAACAGAAGUUAA